CUGCUGCUGCUGCUGCUGCUGCUGCUGGUGCUGGUGCUGCUGCUGCUGGUGGUGUUGGUGGUGCUGCUGCUGGUGCUGCUGCUGCUGCUGCUAGCGGUGAUGGUAAGGCGGUGGUGGUAUCGGUAUUGGUAGUGGUGGUGGAUGCCCCUCAGUGUCCGGCGCGCCUCCGACAAGCGUGCCUCGGUCGUUAUAGGGAUCCUUUGGCGUUUCGUCGUUAUCGUGGAUGAUACCGGCGAGCAAAGCAAAAGAGAGGAAAGAAAGGGAACGAGAAGUAAGAGAAUACGAGAAAAGUAAAGGCCGAUCGCUGCAGUUUGUCGAUUAGUUAAAAAGAAUUUUCGUUGAUUCUCGCUGAAACGCGACCACCUUGCCUCGAAUUUUCAAUCUGAUUGCAUAGAUCGAAAAGGAUGUGCGCGAGGAAUUUGACAAUUUCAAAAGGACACGUCUGGAGCACGCUUCGGUCAGAAUCGCAGCCGAUUUUCCACGGACAAUAAAGAGACAUUAGGCAAGUGAAAGAGACAGGAGAAGACAACGGGUAGAUCGCAAAGGACUCGAUCCGGAGAACCGUUCGUCGAUCAUCGAAAGGCUUUCUAUUUGAAAAUCGGCUCAAAUGCCGCUCGUUGUACGUGCUGUCGCUUCAAGCCUUUAAAUGGUGCAUCAUUCCGAGGACCUUAGCCGUAGUGAAACCUUAGGUACGCAUAGAAAGUGUCCGAGAAAGUCUAGAAGACCUUAGUGGGCGAUUUUGAAAAUUGACCGUCCGUUAGAAGAAUAUACGAUCGUAUCGUCGUAUCGAGGGAUUCGGGUCAACGAUUUCGUGCCCCAUGUAACAAUCAGUCGAGUAGUCGAAUAGUUGAAAUCGGUCGUUGGAGAAUCGGAAGAAAGGGAAGAAGAGAAAAAUUAAGGUAGGGCUGUUGUAACACGCUAGUGAAGAUAAAAAAUAACUACACGUGUAAAAGAGUAAAAAGAAGAUCCAGAAGAGGCUAGAGGAAAGGUCACGAGGUAGUAGAAGAAGAGGAAGAAAAAGAAGAAGAAGAAGAAGAAGAAGAAGAAGAAGGAGAAAAAAGGAAAAAGAGGAAAAGCAAGGGGACGAAAAAUUAAAAAAAAAGAUAUUUAAUUAGAGGCGCGUACCCGUGGACGUGCAAUCGGUGGAAACGAAAGCGCGAAUGGCCGAAAACGCGAGCAGGGUGUACCCGGUUACGGCGGUCCAUCUUGCGGGUGAGAUCGAUCCUGAAACAGCGGCACCGGGUAGUUGGUAAUGGGGGGUUUAGGCGAGAAUGCCUUUUCCCUGUCGCCGUCGUCGUCGUCGUCGUCGUCAUCGCCAUCGUCGUCGUCACCGUCCCACUCGAAUUUUACCUUCUCAACAGGUUCCUGUCGUGGUCGUCACGCCCUCUUAUCUCUGUAUCGUUGCUCGGAAACGAGGAUUACUCCUCCUUGUACGGACACUGAGCAUUUCGUUUAUUCGGAUCGUAAUAGUAACAGUAUCGCGAUCGGUUUGGCGGUCGGCACCGUUUCUCAUCCGACUCGUAGUACCGAUAGGAUUAGAAGCGAACGUGACCAAAUCGGUGGUGGUGAUCGCCGAUCGAGAAAGUCGAAAGAUACCUUGCUCGAACCGGAAGCGGAUCGAGAAGGAGAGAGAAGAAAGAUCAGAGGAAGGAGGAGGUGGUGGUGGGGGUGGAGGAGGUGACUCGCCGCCGAAAUGCACCAGGUGUCGUACAGAUCAGGACUCAAUUCGAAUGCAGGUCGAAACGAGAGGUUCUGGAAGAAGAUCGAGUGCCGGGAUCGGCGUUGCCGUGCUCAUCAGCAUGCUGCCGCUGGCAAAGACGCUGCUACCGCCACAACGUACGAUCCAUCGAUCGCUUCGAGUCGAUCGUGCCGAGAUCAACGAUCUCACCUACCCCCCUCUCGCAUUUUAUUCAGAUACAGAGGAUCCUUGCCACCUUCGAACGUCUUUCUUAUAGGGUUGGCGCUCUGGUGUUUAACAUUUUCGCCCGUACAACCGCGACAGAAUCAUCAUCAAACAUGUCCAGGUUGUCCGCAUCAGCAACACCAGCAACACCACCAACAGCACAGAGAACAUCAACAGGAACAAGACCAACAACAACAUAUACACGAGACGCACUAUAGGGGCGGUGGUUCCGAAAGGAAGGACACCGUUACGCCUACUCCGGACGACCUAAGGUUGGAGGCUAUCAAACACCAGAUACUCACUAAACUCGGCCUUAGGGCACGACCGGAUGUGAACAGAACUUUGGCCACCGUACCAAGGCACUUGGCUCUCGAAACUCUAUACAGAGCCGAGGCUCAGUCCUCUCGUUAUCCAUCUUCCGAUAGAUCGAGGAACGAUCGCGAGAACGUGUACUCCGCAGAGUUCCUUUACGGUGCCGACGAAUACUCCUAUAGGAAUCUCGAUCAACGAGUCGACAGCUCUACGAAAGACAACAACGCGAGGAUCGCUUCUUCCUAUCGAGGCUAUGGCGAACACGAGGGCCAAGAACCGGAAGAGGAGAUGGACGAUUUCUACGCGAGAACCUCCGAGAUCAUCACGUUUGCCGAACCUGGACGUACGCUGAACGGACAGCCGUUAUUGGAAUUUCCAAUGUCCAGUGGAGAACCCGCGUUGGAGCCACUGAGGAUCAAAAGAGCAACCCUUUGGACCAGAGUGGAAUUCAGGCACGCCCACCAUUAUCAACAUCAUCGUCAGAGUCAAACGAACCAAAGAAAUAUUACUCUCUGGGUAUUUAGAGUACGCUGCGGCAACACGACGCACUUGCGUGGAAAGGAGCUAGGUCAAUACUUGGAGAUGGUCACGUCGCUGGGAGUAAACGUUGGACAACUGGGUUGGCUCAAGUUCGACGUCACCAAGGUUGUGAACAGUUGGUACACGACGAGUCGGGAUACCGCCAGAGAUAAAUUAACGUUGCUCGUCGACUGUACCGGAUGCGGUUCGCACGUCUACGUAUCGACCUUUGACGGACAUUCCCCGCACGUAAUCGAGUCAUCUUUAAACGCAAAAGGUACUCAAGAUCCGGAUAGGCCUUUCCUAGUCGUCCGCACGGAUCCCGCGGCUGUGAAACGUGUUAGAAGGCGAGCGAUCGAGUGCAGCGGUGCUAUAAAGGGUCAAUGCUGCAAGCAAAGGUUCUACGUAAACUUUUCUCAACUCGGCUGGGACGACUGGAUAAUCGCUCCUCAAGGGUACUACGCGAAUUACUGCAGGGGAGACUGCGCGGCCGGACACAGAACACCGGACACCUUCCUCAAUUACUACACCCAUGUGAUCGAGGAAUACCGAAAGAUGGAUCGACUGGCUGGCAUGCAGCCCUGCUGCGCUCCCCUCAAGUUCUCGCCGAUGUCGUUGAUCUACUACGGUCCUGACUCCAACAUCAUCAAGAGAGAUCUACCAAAGAUGGUAGUGGACGAAUGCGGCUGCCCUUAAACGUUCGUCUUCUACUCCAUACAUAGCUCCUUCUAUGCUCUCCCUUCGCGCUCCCUUUACGCUCCCUUUACGCUCCCUUUAUAAUCCCUCCGUGUAUGCUGUUCGUACGCAGCCUGUACGCGGACUCUAAGUCCAUUCGAAGAGGCUAGUGCGUCCACUGAAACGGCCUUUUCGAGAUUUUCAGCGAGGUACGGUAUACAUAUUUAUACGCGUCGGAUCUUCGUCCGGCGUUCCUUCGAUAUCGUCAAAUUUCAUAACGCUUUGGCCGCAGAAUUCGUGGCUGUUGAUCGCGACGAGGCCGUUUAGUAGGUCGUGGUCGUCACCAGCGUGUUACUUCAAUUUUCCAUUCGCUCUGUAUAUACGUAGUUCGUGGCGGAAUGUAACGAAGUUGUUCGUUGGAAAGCAAACUAGACGCGUUUCGACUUUGCUCGCGAUCCGACAGGCUUCUUACUUCUUAGAUAAACUGGCUCCGAUUGGAUGGUAAAUGGACGAUCGGAUCGCGCGUUCUCGCUCGUUGGUGGUUCGGUCGCGACACCCAACGAAUCGCCGGAUUCGCAAUCGCGAUCUGAAGGCGUUCAGGGUAGAACGGGGCAAAGAAGAAACGCGGAUUCAGCCGUUAACGUGAACGUUUUCUAAUAAAACUUGUAGCUAAAUUACUUGCUCGUUUAUUAAUAAGAGCUGGCUGAGAGUAAAUAGAAACGGACAUGAAGCGAGUGUGUGCGUGUGAGAGGAAGACCGAGAGCCAGAGCGCGUGAGGAAACGUGUGAAAGGAAGGAAACGUGAAAGUAACGCGAACGUAACUGGAUGAAAAAAAGAGUGGAAAUAGGAGCACGAAUAAAGGAGAAACGAAUAAAGGAAAGAACGGUCGGUUGGUUUUGACCGACAACCACCGUUCAACAAGAAUUACGUUCGUUUCGUUUCCACGCCACGUUAUUAAUGAUUGCUCGUGGCAAAGAGCACGGGAUUCAAAGGGAGUUUGGAGAGGAAAGAAGCUACGCGAAACGAACUUCUUGCUAGGAGCUUAGUCUUUUCGUACUAGUUGCGCGAUUAAGAGGAAAACGAAGGGAAAGGAACUAAUGAAAGUAAAAAUGAGUGAUUCCAAUUUUAGGGUUUAUGUAUUACGUAUGUAUAUUAUAUAUACAUACAGACACUCGAGGUGAUUUAACCGAGUAUAAAUAUUUAAAUACGAGCGUAAAGUUUAAGUGUAAACUAUAAAGAAAAAAAAGAAACUCAAUCUGAUUGCCUUGUUUUUUAUGCGAAACGUUUGAAAGUAUCGAAGAAAACGACUUAAAUUGAAAAAAAAAAGCAAAAAAUAUUAUAAAAUGCAUGCGUACAUGAUAGAUUUAUAUGUAUAUGUAUCUACAUGUGCAUAUAUGUAUAAAUGAAAUAUAGAUACAUACACACGAGGGACGAUAAUAGGAAAAAGAAAAAAAAAAGACGCAAAAUAUUCGAUGUAGCAGG